UUGGGAAUAGCAGGUGUAGGAUUAUUGCAGUGAUUUUAACACAAAUUUUACAACGACAGGAAAUACUACAAGAAUCAGUAACACUUACAAAACAACAGAAUUUCUUGUGUCAACUACUGGAUACUACCAGCAACGCAUGUAAUUACAAGUAUAUUUAUAACAAAAGUGCGUUUUUCACCGGUUCGAACAGCGUAACUGUCUCUCGAUCGAUCAGCUUGUGCACCUAUUCUUCGACGAUGGAAGCUUUGAUACCCGUAAUAAAUAAAUUGCAAGAUGUAUUUAAUACUGUUGGAGCAGAUGCUAUACAAUUACCACAAAUUGUUGUUCUUGGUACACAGAGUUCUGGAAAGUCAUCUGUAAUUGAAAGUUUGGUUGGUCGGUCUUUUUUACCAAGAGGUAUUGGAAUAGUUACACGACGUCCAUUGGUGUUACAACUUGUUUAUACACCAAAAGAUGAUCGUGAACAUAGGACUGCAGAGAAUGGAACGUUGAAUUUAGAUGAGUGGGGAAUAUUUUUACAUUGCAAGAAUAAAGUUUAUACAGAUUUUGAUGACAUAAGAAACGAAAUUGAAGCUGAAACAAAUCGCAUGGCUGGAUCUAACAAAGGGAUUUGUCCAGAACCAAUUAAUUUGAAAAUAUUUUCAGAAUCAGUUGUUAAUUUAACACUUAUAGAUCUUCCUGGUAUUACAAAGGUACCAGUUGGUGACCAACCUGAAGAUAUUGAAAGCCAAAUACGUCAACUUGUACUGAAGUAUAUAUGCAAUCCUAAUUCUAUUAUAUUAGCUGUGGUCACUGCCAAUACUGAUAUGGCUACUAGUGAAAGUUUGAAACUGAGCAAAGAUGUAGAUCCACAUGGAAGACGUACUUUAGCAGUUGUUACUAAAUUAGAUCUUAUGGAUGCUGGAACUGACGCUAUAGACAUAUUAUGUGGCAGGGUAAUUCCUGUGAAAUUAGGUAUUAUAGGCGUAGUUAAUCGUUCUCAACAAGAUAUAAUGAACAACAAAAGUAUUCAAGAUGCAUUGAAAGAUGAGGCUGCAUUUUUACAGCGCAAGUAUCCUACAUUGGCAAAUAGAAAUGGCACCCCUUAUUUAGCCAAAACAUUAAACCGUUUGCUCAUGCAUCAUAUUCGGGAUUGCCUUCCAGAAUUAAAGACAAGAGUAAAUGUGAUGGUCUCGCAAUUUCAAACCCUACUUAACUCGUAUGGGGAAGAUGUGGGCGAUAAAAGUCAAACAUUACUUCAAAUCAUUACCAAAUUUGCGAGUAGUUAUUGCUCUACGAUAGAAGGAACAGCCAGAAACAUAGAGACAACGGAAUUGUGUGGUGGCGCUCGAAUUUGUUAUAUUUUUCAUGAAACGUUCGGUAAAACGCUCAAUUCUAUUCAUCCAUUGGCAGGUCUUACGAAAAUGGAUAUUUUAACGGCUAUUCGAAAUGCGACUGGUCCGAGACCUGCUCUAUUUGUACCGGAAGUUUCGUUCGAGUUGUUGGUCAAACGGCAAAUUCGAAGACUCGAGGAACCAUCUUUACGGUGUGUGGAACUUGUUCACGAAGAAAUGCAAAGAAUUAUCCAGCACUGUGGUACCGAAGUACAGCAAGAAAUGUUACGUUUUCCAAAGUUACACGAGCGCAUUGUCGACGUCGUAACGCACUUGUUGCGUCGACGUCUCCCACCUACUAAUCAUAUGGUUGAAAAUCUGGUUGCUAUAGAAUUAGCGUACAUUAAUACCAAGCAUCCUGAUUUUCAUAAAGACACUGCAUUUGUCUCGUCAUUACUUAAAAAUUCCGAAGCAGAUCAUUUAAAACAUAACAGAAGACUUCCUUCUACAACAAGUCCAUCAAACACUAUAAUUCCAAACGAUAUAAAUGUAAAAUCAGUUAAUAGUCAAGACGAAGUGGCAUCUUUUUCCGAGCAGAACAGUGACCAACAUGAACAUCAGAAUAACCAACAUCAUUGGUUAUUCAGUAAUUUAAUGCCUCAAGGGAGAAUUGAUUCAAGCAGUUCGAUUGAUGGUUCGCCAAUAAGAAAUCGGGAAAACAAUGCCUCUCCUUAUUCAAAUGCAAAUUCUAAUCCGAUAAUCGAUAUACAAAAAGCAUCUCCGCAACAGAAACCAAUAAAUCUACUCCCGGAAGUACCAAUGCAAUCAUCUCGCAAACUUAGUGACCGAGAACAACGGGACUGUGAUGUUAUUGAGAGAUUAAUAAAGUCGUACUUUUAUAUCGUAAGGAAAUCUAUACAGGAUACCGUACCAAAAGCUGUUAUGCAUUUCCUAGUCAAUUAUGUAAAAGAUAAUUUACAAAGCGAGCUCGUAACUCAUUUGUACAAGUCAGAUCACGCCGAGGUACUUUUAAACGAGAGCGAACAUGUUGCUAUCAGACGCAAGGAAGCGGCAGACAUGCUAAAGGCACUAACUCAAGCUGGUCACAUUAUUAGUGAGAUUCGAGAGACACAUAUGUGGUAAUUGAUUAUGUACAACGCACACACACCAUCAAUUUAGAGUUUACUAUAGAUAUUUUGGCGUUGUAGUAGAUAAAUCGACGACUGAAAUUACGUGUGUGUCGAUCCGCUGUAUAUAACUUUUAUUUUUCAUGCAAGCAGUGUCUCUACACGAAUAAGAAUAAUUUGUAAGGACUACGGAUUUUCUUUUAAUUUCACUUUAUACGCGUAAAGGAAACACAAUAUCAUACGUGCAUUUAUAGCCAUCGUCGGUAUGAUCAAUGCCAAUGAACACUGAAGUAUACAAAUUAUCUUUAAUACCAAUGAUGCUCAUGUCGUAACAAUACGUUAAACGCCUUACUGAAUCUCUGCGAAUACCAGCCAGCAGUUUAUAUCGAAAAAUGUCAACUUUCUUCAUAAUUGUAAGGUGUAAAAACAGAGAAACACCAUCGUGAAUUUGGAGCAAUCUGUAUCGUUUUGUAACAUUUUGCACUGCUCGUAGAAACUGAAAAUGGAUAGUGUCUAAUCCAAAAGUAUUGUAAAAAUUUCGUUUUUUUCUUUUAGCGUUUUGUGAUAUAA